GAUUCACUCAUUCUUUCCUAGAGUCAUUAAAAUUAAUCGUAACGUUCGGGCGGUGAAGAAGACAAGGUAAAUCCAUCGUAAAAGAAAAAAUCAAAGAAUUUAGCAACAUGUGAAAGAAGAGCGAAGGAUGUUGAAAUGGCAGUCGAGAUGAAACAUUAUGCAAUGCUUUUCCAUAUCAUUAUUCCGUUAACAUUUUUAUGCAAAUAUUCAGUGGAUGCCGAUACUUUCGUUUCACAACGAAAUGGAAAAGAUGAUGCGUCCUGUGGAACAAUCCUCCUUCCAUGCUUAUCUCUCCAAUAUACAUUUGCCUACAAAAUAAAACCAGAAGAACACAUUCGGUUGGAUGGAGGAGAAAAGAAACCAUACGUGUAUGUUGUAAACAAACCAAUUCAUAUCGCAAAUGAAAUUUCUAUUAAAAGUUACCAAAACAGUUUCUUUCGCCCUAUUAUAUUCAUGGUAAAACAAAACCAAACAAUAAAAGAGUACAUGUUCUUAAGUGUUGGGAAAAAGAAAAUAACACUCCGCGUGGAAAACAUCGACUUUCAAUCCACACCUUUGCUGAUGUUCAACACAAGCUGUGACGUAGCUAUUUCUAAUUGCAGCUUUAACGGUACAUCAACUACCGUUAUUCGUCGGUACGCUGUUAGAUAUAAAAGGUGGUCAAAAUUCGUUAAACUUCGGAUAUCGUACACUACUUUUAAAAAUGUCACAGCUAUCUCUUUAUCUCGAGCUGUUCACAUUAGAUUAGUUAUAUAUAAAUGUGUUUUUGAAGGAGAUGAAAAAAAGGCAAUAAUGAGUAUCACACAUAUUUCAAAAACAGGAAUCGUUAGCAUUACGAAAAGCACUAUUUCAACCGGAGUAGGACCAUUAAUUAGUUUUGAUAAAAAUUGUGUUUCAUCGGUUAACAUCUUUAAUACAACUUUUUAUGGAAAUAAAUUGAGAAAACGUUCUGUGAUGUAUGGGUUGCUAAUUAACUUUUGCGUAACAGUUCUAGUUUCAGAAUCAGCUUUAUCAAAUUACAGACAGUCUUCCAUUUAUUUUAACUAUGUUAAGAAUGCCAAAGUGAUAAAGUGUUCUUUUAAAAAUAACCAAGGCUUUUACGGAGGUGCAAUAAGAAGUCGACGCAGUCAACUUUACGUUCAACAAUCUAGUUUUUCGAACAAUACAGCUAGUAACGGAGGAGCCAUUCACAGUUUACUCAGCAAAACAUAUAUAACACAGUGCACAUUUUUUUACAACGCCGCUAACAACUCUGGUGGAGCCAUAUAUGUCAGCUCAUAUAACAUUCAUAAUGUGGACCUGCAAAUAUAUAAUUCUGUGAUGUACGCCACGGCUACAAAUACUUUUAUCACCGGAUUAUUAUUGCGAUCUAACGUUAUUACGCUUCUGAAAAAUGUAAAGUUCUUGAUAUUAAACUCAUUAAUAGACGCGCCAUCUAUACUUGAAGGUUUUAGUUUUGAAAAAGGUUUGAAUAGACAUCAUAAUGGCUUUCAGAAUGUGAGUUUCUACUGUCCAAAUAAUUAUGAUUCUUUUCUUCUAAGUACCACUGAAUCAAUAACAUCUGCUCAGUGUCAUCGAUGCUCGAGAGGAAUGUACAACAUAAACAAAGGUAUAGUCAUGAUUGUAGGAAAAUCUAGACUAAAAAGAAAUAUUUUUCUUACAACGAAAUCCAACUUUACAUGCUUUAAAUGCCCUGCUGGAGGCAAAUGUGAGGAGAAAGUUCGAAGUCGAGCAAAUUUUUGGGGCUAUGUGGGUACAGAGUCUCAGGUAUAUUUUCUCCCAUGUCCUUCGUAUUAUUGCUGUUCACAUCAAUGUGAAUCCUAUAAUGACUGCAACAAACACAGGGAAGGGAUUUUAUGUGGAACGUGUAAAAAAGGGUUUCGACUGAAUUUUUAUAAUGAAGAUUGCAUUAAGAACAAUGAUUGCCACAUGGUUUUAUCUUGGUUGUUACUCACAUUUUAUAGCGCAUGUUAUGUGCUUUUUCUGAUGUAUUAUAAGACUCUGUUAACAUUAUUAGUGAAUAUCAUAUCUAAAUAUUUUGUCAAAAGAGACAAAAUUUUCUUUUUGUUCAAAACAAAAAUAUUUAAUUACAGGGAAGAUCCAUUUAGCUAUGCUCUUUUUGACGAAAGCGAGGAAGAAAGUGAGAACGAAGCCAUUGCUAAUAAUGAAUACGGUCUUGAAGUUCUCUCAGACAGGAUCAUGGAAAGAAUGGAGAAAACUGAGGAAAUAAACGAAAUAAAUAAAUUUAUUGGUUCUGAAAUUAAGGCGAUUGGUUAUGGUAUCAAAACAAUUGUAUUCUUUUUCUACCAAAUGGAACUUUUAAUACACAUACCAGCCACAGAACAAGACAGUUACGGUUAUUUACAUCAACUUAAAACCACAAUCUCCAACAUUUUUAAUCUUCAGUUGAUUCAAUUACACCUAUCGAAAAUUUGUUUCGUCAAGAAUCUUGAUGCUGUUUCUAAACGAGUAAUCAAAGUAAACAACGUAUUUAUGCUUAUGUUGGUGCUCCUUAUUGCUGUUGGUCUCAUUUUUUUCAUUCGUCAAAUAAGACGAAAGACAAAAUCAAAAUGUUUCGAACAUCUUAGCCAAUGUCAAGUCAUUGACAAAAUACGAAACUGCUUCAUACAAGUCGCUUUACUUGGUUAUACGAGCGUGAGCACAUUUUGUUUUACCUUGCUCCAUUGUGUAAAAAUAAAUAACCAGAAGCACUUGUUUAUCCAGGGUGACGUUAUAUGUUACACAUGGUGGCAAUAUUGCAUUCUGAUCAUAACACUGUUAUGGGUUUUUCCAUUUGGAGUUUCAGUUUACCUUUCAAUAAAAAUGCUGCAAAGGAAACAACUAAGCGUUAAAGGAUUUUAUUUUUCGUUGGCUUUUCCGCUCUCCUCCUUCUAUUUUUAUUUUCGCAGUGUUUGUCAUUCUGUGAAAUUGAAUAUCACCAGCGACGAACUUACAAAAAUACGAAGCAUAUGUGAAAUCUUUACAGGUGCAUUUAGAUCGAGCACAUUUGGCCAAAUAAAUUGGGAGUCGGUAGUAAUUGUUCGGCGGUUACUGAUUGCCGUCAUUUGCAAUUUUGUGAUGAAUCCAGUUGCACGAAUGAUGUUAACGAUACCUUUGCUGUUAUCUUACCUUGUUCAUCAUCUUUACGUGUCGCCAUAUCGUAGCAAGUUUUUAAAUCACUUAGAAACUAUUUCAUUGUCAUUUUUGUUGAUAAUCAAUGUGGAGAACUUGUUUUUUGCUUUUGUUUACAUGAACGAUCAAUCAAGUGUACCAGGAAUCAAUGCAAUCACAAAAGUUUGUGUUUGGAUUCAACAUAUCAUUUUAACAGCACCGUUCUUAAUUAUUAUUGUCAUUGUUGUUGUUACUAUUUUGAGGAUGACAGUUUUCGCAAUAAAAACAUGUAUAGGACGGUGCAUAAGGAGGUAAAGCAUUUUUUGAGCACGUUUUGAACUCAAGGUAAUGGUCGCUUCAAUUCACUUCUUAGCAAAUUUAAGUACCUCCUUAUUCAGGCCUGAGCAUCUUGUCUUUCGUAACACCUGACGGUUAUUAGACACUAACAAGAAAAUGGUAUGCGCUUUAAAAAUUGUAAUGAGAAACUAUUAAAGGGCAUUGUAAUUUGUAAAACUUUAUAGGAUUUUGUGUUUGUAAGCAUCUUAAUUUUAUUAUUUUUUUUGUGGUGUUUAUUGGAAAAAUAGUGAGAUUUAAAAAUUACAUUCCUUUAAUUCUCUACUAAGUUUUUUAAUUCCUUAUGGUAAAUAUAAAUCCAAAAAAAAUGUAUAAUUUUUUAUAUGUAAUAGUUUAUAACAACACCAUACAUUAUAACUAUAAUCUUUUUUAUAUCAAUAUAUAAUUAAAAAAACAAAUUCUUUUUAUAUAUCCAAAAGGUUUUAUAAUUCCUAAACAUAAUCAAAAAGAGCUGUAACCGCUGCUCGUUUUGAUAAUAGGAUGAAACGAUCGCAUUUACUGAAAUACCUUUUUGAAAAAAGAAGAUUUUUGUGCUAAUAAAAGUUUGAAAGUAACUCUAUGUUAAUAAAAGCCGUAUUCUGUUUCUCCAGAAAAGAAAAGAAAAUGUUCUUGCUACAAACACACGAAAUGUGAUAUAAAAAGAACUGGCCAAAACGUGGGUUUAUCCACGAGCUACCUAUAUCUCUUUAAUAAUAGCCAAAUUUUGUCACACUCGGCAACACGAAUAUCAAAUGCGAUAUAUUUUGCGACGAGUAAAUUUAAAGGAGGGCAACCCCAUGGAUUUUUCCACGGGUUAACGACUAGUCUAUAAUA